AUGCAAGCGAGAGAGAGAGAGAGAAAGAAAGAGCACAAACACCUCUGGAUAUCCCUCCUCCUCCUCUGCUGGUCCUCACAGGUGAGUUCCCAAGCCUGCCGUCACCAUGACGACCAUUCACUGAAGGAACACGUGUCCACGGAGUUCUCCAGCUCCACCACCCACGUUCAGACCUUCUCCCAGACAACCGAGAUCGCGGGCGAGGAAAUCGGGUGGAGGAGAUCUUCGAGCUCCACGGAGUUCUUCAGCCUGGUGACCCCGAGGGCGAGAGUGGCCCUGAGUCCGUGGAGAAACCUCACUCGAUCGCCUGGCCGGAGGCUGUGUCGCCGCCCCCCGUGUCUCCCCGUCCGGGCGCAGGGGAACCCCAAACCCGGGCACUGGAGGAGGGAGAGCGGCAUCCCCAGCAAGGAGUCGGCGAAGAUAUUCUAGCACGGCGUCAACAAGGAGCAUUUGGCCCCGCUGGAACCACUGACCUCAGGUGACCCUGACACCGACAAGUGCACGGUGAGCCAGGAGCACACAGACGCCAUCUAUACUGCAUCCUUGAUGGUGAUAGAGGGAAAACAAAAAAUAGAUUUCAAGAAAAUGUUGAAGAAGAGGCCCCCCCCUCCUCCCAGGGCUCUUCCUUACGCUCCCAAGAAGGAGCAGAAGGUGACACACUAGAAAGAGAUGCUGGAGAUUUCAUCCAAGGUACCCAAGAAGGACUCAAAGGUCUGCGUGGAGUCCGGUUUCACUGACUUCCAGGGCCUGCUCAUGAAGCUCAAAGGAAUGGAGAAAAAAGUGGAAGUGAACGCCAUCCAGAUUCUGAAGCCCCCGGAAGACACAGAGACCAAAGUUGACACAAUCGUAGCCUUUGACUGCAUCGCGGAGGUGAAGGACCCCAAUGCCGAGACCAUAUGGAUCACAGAUACCAAGCCUUUGAGGAUCCAGUACUCCCAGGGCAAGUACAACAUGAAGCAGAUGGGCACCAAGUGCCCGCUGAUAAGUGCCAACAUGCGCACGAGUGACCCUGGUGUCGACAGCCUGUCUGUGGGCGAGAAGCGGACGUGUGCACAGCCCACAGUGCUGGACGAACCGCAGGAGUUCAUGGGAGACAUGAAGGCAGUGAAGGUGUCAAGGCUCCCGGCGGCUGUGUUCGACGUCCAGCUCUCCAAGAUAGAGCCCAGUUUUGUGUGGAAGUUCAGUGGGAAGGAGCUGACGAGGCAUGGCAAGCCUGAAAUCUCAGUGUCCGAGGACGGUCUGACUCACAUGCCUAAGAGUAAGGGUGCCAGGCUCACAGGCGGUGAGUUCUCUGUUCUUGCAGGGGACCUGGUAGCGAAGGCUGAGCUCCUUAUUAAUUAUAAGGGGUUAGGCAAGAACCUGGGGCGUGGGCUUCAGGCCUCCGCUGCUCUGUGCGCUCAGUUUUCUGUCAUCCAUCCGUCAUUCCAUCUUUCAUGUUUUACACACGAAGAAUCUGAAGCUCAGAGAGACGUACAGAAGAAAGGAUAUAGUGUCAGGAGAAGGCCAGUUUGUCAGUCUCCAGGCAUUCCCAUCAAGUUUGUGAGCGCCCUCACGCGCGGGUGUGAGAGGAGCCGCGCAUGCCUGGGGUGCGAGCUGACAUCCAAGCGCGUGACUGCGCCGGGAGGAAGGUGGGCGGCUGCUGACACGGGCUCCGAGUACAGCAUGGGCCAUGAGGACGAGCGUGCAGAGAUGGCCGAGGAGGACGCCCAUCUCGGGGGUGGCAGCGAGUGCACCAUGGGGACCCCACUGAAUACGUCAGUACUGCCACCCUCGCUGUGGAAGGCACACACCCGGUCUGUCGGUCCACACCAAGCAACUCAUUUGACACUGAGCUGCCCUCCUCCACACUCCAGCAGACCACGGCCAACAUCUGACCCCCGCAUCCCCCAAUUCCGCCCACCCCCUGCCUCCUGCCCUGGUCCCAGCCCGGGUUUGUCCUCAACGAGUCUGGCCACAGUGAAGAGUGGGCUUUCCGACAUGCACGGCCACCGAACCGCAGCCGAGCUGUGAGCAGUGCUGGACAAGGAGAAGGAGGAGGGCGUGUGGCUGGAUGCCAGUGAGAGCACGGAUUCGCCUGGCCUGCAGAUGGUGAAGCAGGGUGAGGUGCACAAGCUCACUCCUCAGAAGAGCCCAGAAUAGGAGGGUAAGUCGUUCCGGGCCAAGGGCGCGCGUACACGGGACUCCAGGCAGACAAGGUUCAGGGGGCGUCCUCCUACCAUCAACCCAUCCAUCCUGGAGGCCCUGGAAGCGUACCCUGUGACUGUGAAGGUGGGCCUCACGUCGGCGCGCAUUAAGGUGCCCUCCCGGGCAAGGCCGCUGCCCAAAGCGACGUGGUCCAAGGACAGCAUGGAGAGGAUGGAGGAGGAACGCGUGUCCAUGGAACAAGGUGACCAGGCACUGCUUACCAUCUCAAACUGCGCAGGCAAGAGUAUGGCACCUUACAGACCUUCCAAAGUGUUGCCGAAGUACUGUCACCGGCUGGAUGAUGAGGACGUGGCUGCAGCUAAGGAGGAAGUGAGCAAACAAAAGUGGAAGGCUCCAAAGGACAACGGUGGGUGGCCUCUGACCCAUUGCACAGUGGAACGGAGGGUAGCUGGCAAGAAGUCCUGGGUUAAGAUAGGCGAGGCAAAAAAUGUGAGAGAUAGGCGAGGCAAAGUCACCAAUGAAGUGGAAGAGGGAAAGGCCUACCAGUUCCAUAUCCUGGCAGUCAAUUCAGAAGGUGUGAGCUGGAGAUCCACGAAGUGUGUGCAGGAAACCCCACAGAUCAGUGAGAUUGCCCAGGGGAGGGACUCAGAACCCCUUGGUCUUGCCUCCCAGCCCCAAGAGACUGAUGUGACCAAAGAAUCUGUGACCAUCACAUGGAAUGCCCCAGCCCAGGAUAGGGGAGCCCCAGUGCUCAGCUGCAUAGUGAAACAAAGAAAAAAAGGCAGUAAGCUGUAGGUGCCAGUCCACAAGGACCCCAUCCAGGGCACCAAGUAUACCAUGGAUGGUCUCCUGGAGGACACGGAAUAUGAAUUCCGAGGCAUAAGCAGCCCUGGGCAACCCAAUAUGCCACGCAGUUCAGUGGUGGCCAAGGGUCCUGUCAAGCCCCCAGGUCCGGUGCAGGGCCUGCACAUGUCUGAUUCCACCAAGUCAAGCAUCUCCCUGGGAUGGUGCGAGCCUAUAGAAGGAGACCCGCCCUCUGGCUACGUCCUUGAGAUGCAGGCUGAAGACAGCAAGGAGUGGUCCAAGUGCACAGAGAUCCCCAUCUCAGGCACCUGCUACCCAUUGGGGCUCAGUGAGAAUCAACACUUCUUCCACAUCUGGGCUGUGGACGAAGCUGGGGUCGACAAACCUGUGGAGCUAGAUGAUGGUCCAUGGCCACCACCGGCUGUGCCCAAGUUUGACCUCAGUGCCCUACUGAAGAGUCACAUGGUGACUCUAUCCCUACACUGGAGCCUGGCAGGGGACUUCUUGGCAAGAGGUGGUCCUUCAGACACCACCUGGGUGGCCGAUGGUGCCAACUCCUGUCACCACCCAGGGUUCACCACUACCCACUGUGACCGGGAAACCAACACCAAGGGCAGAACUUACACCCUCAUCAACAGCACCAAGCGCUGUGACUCAGGGGCGUAUGGAAUCGUGCUCCAGACGGAACCUGGGGACCACGCCCAUGUGCGCAUGGACAGAGCUGCGCCCGCACCCUCCCGAGAUAAACUGUUUGAGGAGGCCACCGACACCGUGACUCUGACGUGGAACCAUAGCUCUGUCCAGGAGGACAGUGACGCCCACCAUGUCGUCAUGAAGUGGGAUGCCAGCAGCUCCACCCCCACGCCCCGGUUCUCGGCGGCUGAGCGGGUCUUCAGCAACAAGUACACAGUGAGGGGGCUGCUGGCAGGCAGGAAGUACCGCUUCAGAGGGGUAGCACGGAAUGAAAUUGGCGACAAUGGCCUGCUAGACUCCAAGGAGACCUGGCUUGUCAACGAGGACCAGAGUGGGGUCCUGAGCAUGAAGCUGAAGUCCUCGCAGCAGGACUGGUGCCAUGCGCCGUGUUUCCUGACCCCAAUCAAGCCACACACAGUACUCUGGGGCCAGGUCUGCGCCAUGACUUACGCCUUCCUUGGGGACCCACGGCUCACGGCGACCCUCUACAGGUCCAUCACAGCCAAUUCCAAGUUCUGGUACAACUCCACCAGCCGCGUGUGCACCACCGUCACCCCCACCUGCGUCACCCCCACCUGCGCAACGAAGGACAGGGUGAGCUGGGCAAGGACCGUCCACCACAGCUGCUCCCUGAGGUCUACGCCCAGCAGUGUGGCGUCUAUCUGGACCCCGGCAUCAUUAACACUAAUGAAUAUAUGCUUGGGUCUUUCAGAUGAAGAUGACAAGACAGUCUUAGCAUCCAUCACAGAGAGCCUGCAGAAGAAAUCAAAGCACCUUAUGUGAGCU